AGCUCAGAGCUUUGAGACUUCAGUUUCUUCCGAUUUCUCGAGCUGACUGGUUCAUAAAAAUUGCGGUGAUCGUACGCGAAGCAGUUGGAUUGAAGUUUCAUUGAUUGAAAAAAAAAAAAGAAAUUAAUUCCAAAGUGUUCGCUACUGGAUCAUCCUAAAAAAAAAUAUUUAAAAAAUCUAUAAAAUUGAAGAAGUUUUUUUUUUGAGAAAAAAGUUAAAAAGUUUUGUGAGUUUAAAAAUCUUCAGCAGAAAAUAAAAUGACCAACACAACAAAUGGAAAGGUGGCCAAUGGGAAUGGAACUUCUGAUAGACAUCGUCGCUCCAAUAGUCCAAAACUAGAAGAAUUAUACCCCUACGACUUGAUAAAGCAAAUCGCAGAUCAUCUUUUGGAGCGCACGACAUUUCGCCCUAAAAUUGGCAUCAUCUGCGGAAGUGGGCUCGGAACAUUGGCUGAGAGCAUCACAAAUAAGGAUAUUUUUGACUACGAAGACAUCCCGUGCUUCCCAUCCACCACAGUUGAGGGUCAUGCAGGAAGGAUGGUCUUUGGACUACUCAACAGUGUCCCCGUGAUGUGUAUGCAGGGAAGGUUCCACUACUACGAAGGGCAUUCCCUUGAAACGUGCUCAAUGCCAAUUCGGGUCAUGAAGCUCACUGGCGUGACCCAUUUAAUCAUUACCAAUGCCGCUGGUGGAUUGAAUCCUAUCUACAAAGUCGGUGAUAUAGUGAUCAUCAAGGAUCAUCUCAAUUUGAUGGGCAUGGCAGGGUUAAAUCCUCUUCUAGGGCCAAAUGAUCCACGAUUUGGGCCACGCUUUCCAGCUAUGAAUAACGCCUACAACCCAGAAAUGAGAGUUGCUGCUAAGAAAAUUGCCCAUACAAUGGGAAUUGGGAAUGAGAUCCACGAAGGAGUUUACACAUGCCUGGCUGGGCCCAAUUAUGAGACACCCGCUGAACUGAGGGCCCUCAAAACACUCGGUGUCGACGCCGUUGGUAUGUCAACGGUUCAUGAGGUGGUCACGGCAAAGCAUUGCAAUCUCGCCGUGUUCGCCAUCAGCCUCAUCACCAACAAGUGCAUCUUUGACUACGACAACCCCGAUGAGGCAUGCCAUGCGGAAGUUGUGGAAGUUGGUAAGAGCCGACAGAGUGUCCUCUGUGAUCUUGUCAAGGGGAUGGCCGCCGAAAUCGUCAAGGAAGAGCAUUGAAUGGAAAUUGCCGAAUCACAUUCAGAAAAAAAGUCAACAAGGAAAAUAAUUGCCAUUCAUUUAAUGAAAUUAAAAAUAAAAGAGAAACGACACCAAAAUGUGAUAAGAUUUUCCGUUGAAAAUUUGCUUACGCAUUCCGAAUGAUGCUCUCCCGAAAAAAAAAAACAACUCCAUUAAUGAAAAAAAAAUGAAUUAGCCAUGUAUACGUCGUAAACUACACUACCCGCGAAAAGUUUCCGGGCAAGGCUAAAAUGGGAUAUUUUUGAAGGCAAAAUUCAAAUGGCUAUAUCUUCGGCUGUGGUUAACCGAUUUUAAAAAAUUUACCAGUUUUGGAAAGGUACAUUUCUCACCUUUCCAAAACUGGUAAAUUUUUGAAAAUCGGUCAAUCCGUUCGCUUUUGGCAGCCAUUUUGGUAAAACUAGGUAGAAGAUACUUUUUUCAAUAUUUUACAAUUUUUCACUUUGACCCCUUGCAUCUCGGCCGUUAGUGCACCGAUUUUGAUGAAUAGAGCAUCGUUGGAAAGGUAAUUUAAUUCCCUUUCCAAAUCUGAUAAAUUUUCGAAAAUCGGUCAAGCGGUUCAGUCGUGACAGCCAUUCUAGUGAACCAUAGUGAAAAAAUACACUUUCGAGUAUAUCUCAGCCUGUGGUUGACCGAUUUGAACAAACUCGGAUUCAAAUGGUAGCUAAUCAUGUCCCCUAACUUCCAAAAAAAAUUUCAUCCCGAUCGGUCAUGUGGUCCUUUUUUAAUGUUUUUUUAUGUGAUACCCUUAUGUUACAAAUAGGGUACCCUAACUUCAGGCGUUGACCAUUUAAUUUUUAUAAGUUACACUUGGUCCAAAUUUCAUCAAAAUUAAAAGUAGACAUUAUUAUCUAACUUUUAAAAAAAAUUUCACUCAAAUCCAUCAAGGGGUUCUCCUGUAAUGUCAUUUUUUGUGGAACUAUGACCCAUUUUUGCGUUAAAAUUUGAUAUUUCGACUCAACCAAUUUACGGCCCCUGGAGUGUAAUUUGACUCAAAUCCUUGUUAAAUCGGCUUAAAAAUGUUAGUAAUGGUGUUUUGGACCUUGUUUUGACUCAUUUUUUUCAAUUUAAUUGAAAAAUAAUUUUGACGAUUUUUCGCCCAAAAUCUUAAUAUUAGUCACCUCAAGAGCCACAAUAUGACUAUUAGCAGAUCUCAAGUUAUAAAUUUAAUAAUUUUAUUUAAUUUCAAAUCCCAUUGGCAUAACAAUAUAAAAUAAGGUCAAAAACGUUUGUUUAAAGAUUUUGAGUACAACUUGGGUUAUCAUUUGGUAGGGGAGGGGGGGUUAGAACGGUUGAGAGACAAAAAUCGCGUAUAGCUUCACAAAAAAUGACAUUACAGGAGAACCCCUUGAUGGAUUUGAGUAAUUUUUUUUUUAAAAGUUAGAUAAUAAUGUCUACUUUUAAUUUUGAUGAGAUUUGGGCCAAGUGUAACUUAUAAAAAUUAAAUGGUCAACGCCUGAAGUUAGGGUACCCUAUUUGUAACAUAAGGGUAUCACUCAAAAAAACAUUAAAAAAGAACCACUUGACGGAUCGCGAUGAAUUUUUUUUUGAAAGUUAGGGGACAUGAUUAGCUACCAUUUGAAUCCGAGUUUGUUCAAAUCGGUCAACCACAGGCUGAGAUAUACUCGAAAGUGUAUUUUUUCACUAUGGUUCACUAGAAUGGCUGUCACGACUGAACCGCUUGACCGAUUUUCAAAAAUUUAUCAGAUUUGGAAAGGGAAUUAAAUUACCUUUCCAACGAUACUCUAUUCAUCAAAAUCGGUCCACUAGCGGCCGAGAUGCAAGGGGUCAAAGUGAAAAAUUAUGAAAUAUUGAAAAAAGCAUCUUCUACCUAGGUUUACCAAAAUGACUGCCAAAAGCGAACGGGUUGACCGAUUUUCAAAAAUUUACCAGGUUUGGAAAGGUGAGAAAUAUACCUUUCCAAAACUGGUAAAUUUUUUAAAAUCGGUUAACCACAGCCGGAGAUAUAGCCACUUAAAAUUUGCCUUCAAAAAUAUCCCAUUUUAGCCUUGCCCGGAAACUUUUCGCGAGUAGUGUAUGUAUAUUUAGAGUCUUUAGAAGGUCUCUAGGAUCUUUAGGGUUUUAGGGUUAAGCUUCUGUUAGGGUUUAAAAACUUUUAGACUUAAUAAAAAGAACUUUCUUCUAACA